UGCAUAAAGCCAGCUUGAAAGUCGCCUAUAGUCCUUGCAAGCCCAAUCAAUAAAUACUGUCUCCUCAAAUAGCCAUAAUGAUCAUACACAUUUUCUUUAUACUUUAAAAUCCUUCCAAAUUUAUGUCAUAGCCACUUCCGGGCUUAAAGUGUGUAUGUAGUACAGGGAUCUCAUUCACUCACUUGAAGGAUGGGAAGGAAACCCUGUUGUGACAAGAUGGGUAUGAAGAAGGGUCCUUGGACUGCUGAAGAGGAUGAGAUUCUUGUCAAUUAUAUCAACAAGAAUGGUGGCCAUGGAAGUUGGCGUUCUCUUCCCAAGUUAGCAGGUCUUCUUCGUUGUGGCAAGAGUUGUAGGCUAAGAUGGACCAACUACCUCAGACCAGAUAUUAAACGUGGUUCCUUCACUUUUGAGGAAGAAAAACUAAUCAUACAGCUUCAUGGUAUCCUUGGAAAUAGGUGGGCUGCUAUAGCCUCUCAGCUACCAGGAAGAACAGACAAUGAGAUCAAGAACUUAUGGAACACCCAUUUGAAGAAACGUCUCAUUUGCAUGGGCCUAGACCCUCAAACCCACCAGCCACUCUCCUCUUCAUGCAACCCUGAUGGCAAGGCCCAUGCAGCAUCCACCUCAACCCGCCACAUGGCCCAGUGGGAGAGUGCAAGGCUUGAAGCAGAGGCCAGGCUCUCAAGGGAGCCCUAUUUGUUCAACAACUCCAACAAAACUGACUCUGACUACUUCCUCAGAAUGUGGAACUCUGAAGUUGGACAAUCUUUUCGUGGUGUGCACAAAUCAGACAACAAAGGUAGCUGCCAAAGUCCCAUUUCUCUAGGGUCAUUGUCUGCUACCACUACCACAGAUUUGGCUUCCAACCCUACAAGCAUUGUGAAAGAGGAUUUGAUGUGGGGUGGUAGCAAGAAAAUUGCCUCUGAUUCAUCAAGCUCUAGUGAACUAGAAGAAGACUCGUGUGACACUUCAUUGCAGCUCUUGUUAGACUUCCCUAUAAACAAUGACAUGAGCUUCUUAGAAUGA